AUGGAGACGGAAAAGAUUCCUCCAGCAGCGAGCAAUCAUGUCGAAGUCACAAAAGACCACUUAAACGGGUGGGAAAAUGUUCGAUUGACCACGGAAGAGGAGCAUCGCCUGACAAUCCCUGAAGCUAUCCGCAAGCAUUACAAGGCAUGUCUCUGGUCUAUGGUAAUAUCUUUGACGAUUAUAAUGGAUGGAUAUGAUGGGGCACUUCUAGGUUCGCUCGUUGCAUUCCCGUCAUUCAAGACCCAUUUCGGCCAGUACGUCAACGCCACCUCUGGCUACCAGAUACCUGCUCAUUGGCAACUCGCAAUUGGCUGCUCGAGCUCCGUCGGUAAUAUAAUUGGCAUCUACAUUGGGGCUUUUACGACCGACCGCUUGGGAUACAAGCGGUCGUUGUUGUUGUGGUUGACUUGGUUGACAGCUUUCAUCUUCGUCUCUUUCUUCGCCACGCAUAUAUCUGUUGUCUUUGCUGGAGAACUUCUCUGUGCGAUGUCCUGGGGUGUCUUUGCGACACUGGCGCCGCCCUAUGCUACUGAACUCGUUCCUGUUGUUUUGCGAGGCUUGCUGGAGAUUUGGAUCGUCAUGUGUUGGGGUAUCGGACAGCUACUCUCGUAUUCCGUUCUCCUCACUCUCAACAAAGACCUUUCUAUCUGGGCGUGGCGCAUUCCGUUUGCUGUUCAGUGGGUUUGGCCAGUAAUUAUCUUCCCACUCGUUCUAUUCGCGCCGGAAUCGCCUUGGUGGCUGGUUCGCAAGGGUAAACUCGAGGCCGCCGAGAAGGUAGUCAUGCGGCUGGGAAGUGCAGAUAUGACCGAGGAAGAGAUCCAUCGUGCUGUGGCUACAAUGGUCGAAACCAAUAAUCUGGAGAAGAAUAUGCACGAAGGCGCAGGUUAUCUUGAUUGCUUCCGUGGUUCUAACCUAUGGCGAACUGAGAUCUCCUGCGUCGCCUGGGCCGCACAAUUGUGGUGUGGAUUUGUCAUCUCCGCUUAUUCGACCUAUUUCUUUGAGUUGGCUGGUCUUGCGGCGUCGGACGCAUAUAAGAUGAGUGUAGGCCAAGGCGGUCUUCAUAUUCUGUUCAAUAUUAUCUCCAUUCCCGUCGUUGCGAGAGUGGGCCGCCGUCAUCUGUAUCUCGCGGGACUUUCCUGGAUGGCGCUUAUGUUGUUUUUAGUUGGCUUUGUCUCAUUAAGUCCGCCGAAGGCCGCCGUGGGCUACGUACAGUCUGUGCUGUAUCUACUCUGGAACUGUGGCUACGAACUUACUGUCGGACCAGCAGCGUAUAUUCUUGUCAGCGAAGUCUCCUCUACUCGGCUACGAAACAAGACUGUUGCUCUGUCCCGGAACGCAUAUAACCUUUCUCUUUUGAUGAACUACUUUGUUGGUCCAUAUAUCCUCAACCCAACGGAGGGCAACUGGAAGGGAAAGACCGGCUUCCUCACCGGUGGUAUCAAUAUUAUCCUUCUCACCUGGACAUUCUUCCGGCUUCCAGAAACUCAGGGGCGGACUUUUAUGGAACUGGAUAUUCUCUUUUCGAAGAAGGAAUUGAAAACAAGGGACUUCAAGUCUUACAAGGUGGAAUUUUCGGAGCUCAAUGAGGACAAACUUGCUGGUACCAGCUACGAUGCUUAA